GAAGACGCCAUUGCAGGUUUGCAACGCAAGCACCGUUUGUUCAGGUUUUGGAUAAGCAAAGAGCAUGGCUACUGACUCAAUCCGCCUCGUCAUCUCUUCAGGGUUUUCCUCCUUUAUUCCAAUUAACGGUUGGAAACGCGGCGGGCUUGCCUUAGGCCUCUGGAAAAGGAAGUUUUCUGAGCACAUCAUUUGCAAAAGUGAAACUAAAAGGUCAAGCGAAGAGCUAUUGGUGGUGGUUGGGGGCGGAGCAGCUGGGGUUUAUGGAGCAAUUCAGGCAAAGACGGUGGCCCCCAAUCUCAACGUGGUAAUUAUUGAGAAAGGAAAGCCUCUUUCCAAGGUAAAGGUUUCUGGGGGAGGCCGGUGUAAUGUGACUAAUGGGCAUUGUGCUGACAAUAUGAUUUUGGCAGAAAACUAUCCGAGGGGUCAUAAAGAAUUUAGAGGAUCGUUCUUUAAUUUGCAUGGCCCAGUGGAUACCAUGUCUUGGUUUUCCUCUCAUGGGGUGGAAUUGAAGAUUGAGGGCGAUGGCAGGGUCUUUCCUGUCAGCAACAGUUCUUCUUCAAUAAUUGACUGUCUCAUGUCUCAAGUGAAGCAAAAGGGAGUUAGUAUGCAGACCAGAAAAGCUGUAAACUCAGUGUCUGUUGCUAACAGUGGCAAAUUCGUUCUCAGUGUUCAGCAGCAGUUAGCCAAUAAUGCUGAACGAGUUGAAGCAGAUUAUCUAUUGAUAGCUAGUGGUUGUAGCAAGCAGGGUUACACUCUUGCAUCUCAGCUUGGUCAUACAAUCAUAGAUCCAGUACCAAGCUUGUUUACUUUCAAAAUAGAAGAUCCACAAUUGACAGAGUUAUCUGGGAUUUCAUUCACUAAAGUUAAAGUGAGACUGAAAUUGGAUAAUGUCCGAAGGAAUAUUCCCCAGCUUACACAGGUUGGCUCCAUGUUAGUCACACAUUGGGGACUCAGUGGGCCAGCUGUUCUUCGGUUAUCUGCUUGGGGGGCUCGUUAUCUGUUCAGUUCAGGGUACAAAGGGAAACUGAUUGUUGAUUUUACCCCAGAUUUGCAUGAAGAAAAUGUGAAGUCUAUCCUUUCUCAUCACAAGCAUCAAUUUGCGAAACAAAAAGUCUAUAAUUCAUAUCCUCCUGAUUUUGGCAUAUCGAAAAGAUUUUGGUGUUAUGUGUUGAACCGACAGGGUUUAGGCGGAGAUAUCUUGUGGGCUUCCAUGUCAAAUAAUUCAUUAAUUUCUAUUGCUUCUGCACUAAAGCAUUGUACUUUUGAAGUUGCAGGCAAGGGUCAAUUUAAGGAAGAAUUUGUUACUGCUGGCGGUGUUUCCUUGUCAGAGAUCGCAUUGAAUACAAUGGAGAGCAAAAUUUGUCCGCGUUUGUUCUUUGCAGGAGAGGUGCUAAAUGUUGAUGGGGUUACCGGUGGUUUCAAUUUUCAGAAUGCUUGGUCAGGGGGAUACAUCGCGGGGACCACUAUUGGGGAACUGGCAACAAGCCGCCCUUGUCUUCCGCCGCACCCAAUUUCAGAGCAUCCUGCUUGAUUCUCUUCGCUCAUUUCUCUGUCAGCUUCUUAUAUUCCCAUGGCAAAUCUUCUUGUAGACUUGGACUCAUCCCUCAAUUAUUUAUUUUGCUACUCAUCCUCUUGUAGAGCAUGUCUUUUUUUUGUUUGGGGGAUAAUUCGGAAACACAGCUCGACCAUAAAAGAAGAGGAGAUUCGUGAAAGAAACUAUUCCAAAUCUGUAAGAUAUGAACCCCCAUAAUUGCAAUAGUAAACUACGUAGCGUCUUAUCAAGAUCCUGAAGUUGGCUAGCGACGUGGCUCAUACAAAAUUGAAAGGCCAAAGAGAUCAGGGGUUUUUAUUAUUGAGAGGUUGAUGCCAAAAUAUGAAGGGCUUAGCUAGCUUAGUGGGAGUAGGUUUCUGGAUUGUGACGUGGUGGAAGGAUGCUGAAAAGAAUAUGAAUUGCUAGUUCAAAGCCAAAUAGAAGAGCACUCUUUUUGAAAGUGAAAAAUCAAAGCUCCCAAAUGCCAAAUGCGAAUAUAUGGCUUUGGACGGGCACACGUCAACACGUCAAUUCUCCAUCCAUGCGACGCAUCACCUCCACUUUCCAAUUUCCAUCGCCUCCUUUCCACAUUGCUCUUUUGGCAUAUCCCAGGGAGACAAAGACCCUCCUUUAUCAUGCAUCAAAAGAAUACCAUCUUUUUUUACUUAUAAUUUUAAUAUGUUCUUUACUUUUUGUUACCAUUAUUUUAAUAAAGUUAUCUUUUGAAUAA